AUGGCGCGAAGGAGCGUCGUGAUCGACAUUGGUUCGGGAUGUACCAAAAUGGGUUUCGCCGGCAAUGUGGAGCCAACCUUCAUGAUUCCCACGGUGGUGGCCAAUGCCACGCGGAAGCAAACCGGAAGCGUCCACAUCAGCCAGAGUGCCACCAGUAGUUUGGCUGACGCCGACUUCUACAUUGGUGACGAGGCGUAUGCCCGAAAGGACUCGCCGAAUUAUCUCCUGUCAUCACCGGUCUCUAAAGGAAGGAUAGAAAAUUGGGACGACAUGGAGCGUUUCUUGCAGCAGGCAAUCUUCAGAAAUUUACGUAGCAUCCCUGAGGAGCACGACUUUUUGCUAACGGAGCCGCCCUUCAAUACGCCCGAGAAUCGUGAGCUGAUGGCAGAGAUGAUGUUUGAAACCUUCAACGUGAAAGGUUUGUACAUCGGCGUCCAAGCGGUGCUGGCAUUGUAUGCUCAGUGGGCCCUUGAUGGAGGUCUGGAACGAGGAGCCACCAGCCCCAAUCUCACUGGUCUAGUGGUGGACUCUGGCGAAGGCUUGUCCCACGUGAUCCCUGUGGCGGAUGGCUAUGUGAUCAGUUCCUGUAUCCAGGAUGGCCGUUUUUCGUGGCCGCCACGGGAGAGGAACCCGAUCCCAGGCAUGUUGGAGAAGCAGCACCUAGGGUUGCGAAGUCGCGGCCUGCUGCUGUCGUCCCUGUUGUCGCUGCUGCUGGCGGCUGGAGGAUGGUCGCUUUUCUCGGAGACCUUCGUGAGCAGCGGCCGGCAGGUGACCAAUUCACAACACCUGCGAAGAUUCCAUGGGCAGUCGCAGCGGGAAAGUGGUCAAUCCUAUGGCUAUGUCGGCACAUCGCUUGGCGCAGUCAUCACCUUCUGCGGCCUUGGCCUUCGCGGCUUUAGACGCGGCAGCAGUAGCGCCAGCAGCGCGAAGAGCAUCCGCAAGUCCAGAGGCGGCUACGAGGCAGGUGAGCCUGAGCAACUUCAGCUGCCGGAGGGCUGCAUCAUCGGGGACGUGGCGGAAGGAUGUGUUGAGUACUGGGCGACAGCCUGUUCAGACUUGAUCGUGGGCGUUCUGAAGGAGACAGCCAUGCAGAGCGGCACCCGAGAGAGUGAGAAGCGGGUGGCAGCCACACCGGCGUCCAUUAAGAUGCUUCAGAACGAGGGAUACAAAGUUUCCGGCGCGGGCGUGACUGCGGAGUUCUCGGAUGACGACUUCCGGGAUGCCGGGGCCGAGAUUUUGUCCGACGCCAGCGCGGUGAUGAACAAGGUGGCAGCAAAGAUCAUCUUCAAAGUGCGACCUCCAAGUCUUCAGGAAGUUCGCUAUUUGCGGCCAGAUACCAUCCUCUUCAGCAUGAUCUAUCCUGCUCAGAAUGAGAAGUUGGUGCAGAAACUCAAGGAAAAGAACAUCACUUGCUUCGCCAUGGAUCAGAUGCCCCGGACCUUGAGCCGUGCGCAGUCCUACGAUGUACUGAGCUCCAUGGCCAACAUCGCUGGAUACCGUGCCAUGGUCGAGGAUUUCACCCUCCUCACCGGUGAAGCACCCGAGGCCAGCCACCACUUUGGUCGCUUCUGUGCUGGGCAGUUCACGGCCGCAGGCAAGGUGGACCCAGCCAAGGUCCUGGUGAUUGGCGCCGGAGUGGCCGGCCUGGCGGCCAUCCAGCAGGCGAAGAACAUGGGUUGCGUGGUGCGCGCCUUUGACGUCCGCCCAGCCACCCGCGAACAAGUGGUCGCCGCCGGAGGAGAAUUCUUGGAGGUUAACAUCGAGGAAGACGGCUCGGGUUCAGGUGGCUACGCCAAAGAGAUGUCCAAAGAGUUUAUUGAAGCCGAAAUGGAACUCUUUCGUCAGCAGUGUGCGGACUGCGACAUCGUGAUCACCACGGCGCUGAUUCCCGGAAAGCCGGCACCGAAGCUCUUGAGCAAGGAGCACAUUGAUGGCAUGAAGGCAGGCAGCGUUGUCGUCGACCUGGCGGCUGAGACCGGUGGCAACAUCGAAACCACCAAGCCGGGUGAGGUGUAUGAGUACAACAAGGUGACCCACAUUGGCUUGUCCCUCUAUGAGCAUAUGCCCAGCCGGAUGCCUGCGCAGGCGUCCUUCCUGUUUGCCAACAACAUGGCCAAAUUCCUCUGCAGCAUGGGCCCCAAGAACUACUUCUUCAUUGACUACGACGAUGUACCUACAAGAGGAUCGUUGAUUUGUCGUGGAGGUGACCUGACCUGGCCUUGGAGUCCUCCACCUCCAGCCCCCGCGCCGGCGGUGGAGGAGGCUGAGCCCGAGGCCGAGGAAGAGGUCGUGGCGCGAAGCCCGGAAGAGGAGUCCUUCCAGAGUACGGCCAGCGCGGCCGCGUGGGUGUCCUUCAUUGUGGUGGCACUGCUGUUUGCAGGCACCGCGGGCGGUACCAUGACGACCAUGUUGACCACCCUGGCCUUAGCCUUGGUCGGCGGAGCGCAGGUGGUCUAUGGCGUGGUGCCAGCUCUCCACAGUCCCCUGAUGUCGGUGACCAACGCCAUCUCGGGGUUGACGGUUGUGGGCGGCAUCUUGAUGAUGGGUGGAGGCUUGUUGCCAGAGACCCUUCCGCAGACCCUGGCCGCGGUGGCGGCCCUGGUCUCCAUGGUCAACGUAGGUGGUGGCUUUGUGAUGACCCGGCGCAUGAUCGACAUGUUCAAGCGCGAAACAGAUGCAACCCAGCUGAGAAUGAGAGUUUCUCAGUUCCCCGAGCUCUACGCAGUUCCUGCGUUGCUCUUCGUGGGGCUCUAUGCAGCGGGAGCCUACCUGGGGCUGGUGGAUCUGGCGAAUGAAAGCCAGAUGGUUUACCUGGUCGCCUCCAUGAUGUGCAUCGGUGCCAUCAGUGGAUUGAGCUCUCAGCAGACGGCGCAGUUUGGCAAUGCCAUGGGUCUCAGCGGCGUCCUAGGCGCUCUGGCAGGGACCUUGGGCCUGGCCUACGCUCACGGUGCCACCACGGCGGUGCUUACGCAGAUUGCCACAGUGCUGGCCGCAGGGACCGGCCUGGGCAUUGCGGUCGCCUCGCAGGUUGAGAUCACCUCACUUCCGCAGCUGGUGGCGGCCUUCCACUCGCUGGUAGGCCUGGCGGCCUCCCUCACCGCGGUGGCCUCGGCGCUGCAGCACCCGGGCACGGCGGAUGCCAUGCACGCCACCUCCGAGUACCUGGCCUCGGGCAUCGGCGCGCUGACGGCCCGGGAGCAUGGCGGGGAUGGCCACGGGAUGGCCACGGGAUGGGAAUCAUUGAGCCCUCGUGACGGUGAAACCGCUGCGAUGAAGCGAUGCUCUGCCUUGCUGGCCCUUGCGAUGCUCCGACAUGGCCUUUCUGUGAAGGACGAAGUCAUUCGAGAGGACACGUGUUUGGAGGCGGAAUGUGGGCAGAACCUGGUGCAGAAAGCGGUGAAAACGCUGAAGAGCUUGGAAGUGCCCCUGGGAACAUCCACCGUCACCAGCGCGCCGGUGGGACUUGAUAUGUCCACAGAUAUGAAUGGAAGGUUGUGUUCACUCUGUGGCAUGCCCUUGCCCGAACGCACGGAACGCUCCCGCCGCUACGUGCAGCGGAGCGACUGCGGGAACCAGAGCCUCUUUGAGCAUCCUGAGAACCAACAGAAACCGCUGGUGCAGUUCAGAAGGGCUGCCAGCGGCAGACAGCCCGAGACGUUUGCUUUUUGUGAACUCAACCUGCAGAAGGUGUGCGCGGACACCCUCUACAACAAGGAUGUCCUUUAUCAGGCGAAGUCCAAGGAUGUCAGGCUAGAGCCAGUGGCGCAGAAAUACGAUCCUCUCUACUGCGACCAAAACGGCUGGUUAACUGAUGACUACCGGGCAUUGCAACACGACUUCGAGGGCAUGAAAGUGAAGGCGGAUGAAUUCUGUAGCUCGAGGCGUCAGGUAUGGGAAAACAUGACGAUGGAUGACAUGUCGAAGGUCUACGGCAAAGGCUUGGAACGUGGCACGCCCACACCGGAGGAAGGUCAGCUGGUUGGGUCCUGGACGUGUGCCAUGGGCUCGGCACUCUGUGACAUUGGCUAUUGCGUUUACACCUACUGUCGCAAAGCCGACGGCAGCUUUGGAACCUACGAUGACUGCGAGGGCUGGGACCCUGUGAAAGGCAUGCCUCUGCAGGGCAGCUGACCACCUGUGUGGUGCAGAGCGGUCCAGGACUUUGAAGCUUUGGAGCGGUGCC